GGAUAACAAACAUAAUUUUUUAUACAUGAUGAUUAUCUCGUGUUAUAAUUGUUUUAAAUUGUUCAAAUUUGGCUAGUUUUUGUUUUUAUUAUUCGUUUUAUUUUUUUAGUAAACGUAUACCAAUGCCAGUGUGUUACACAUUCUAAGAUGAAUGUAAAUUAUAUUAACAAAAUUAACUUAUACGUAUCAUAAGCAUACUAACAUGAAUAAUCUCAGUAAACAUGAACGAGAGGAACUUCAGCACUUUAUUAACAUUUUAUACUCCUUUAUGUCAUACAAGAGGGAUGGGUCUGUUGAAGUUGAGCGGGUAUAUAGGUCAUACAACCUUCUAACCGAGGAUGAUAAAAAGCUCCUCAUAGAAUCACCUGCAGCCAAGACGAUAAAGAUGCUAAAGGCCAUUAUUACUAAUCAAAACUUCAUCAUUUCGAUGGUUUCUGGAAUUAUUAAUUUCGACACUUAUGAGGGCAAACUGGACAAGUUAUACCUUGAGAAUGAGAACAAAUACACCGAUGAAGAUGUCAUUAAGGAGCUUCGUCUGAUUGUUAAAAAUACAUCAUUCUGUAACGCCCCUGAGGACCUUGAGGAUUCUGAGAUCAAUCCAACCAGUGAUCCUGUUAUUUUACAUAGGAAUGGCAAUUGGGUAAGAACCACUUUAAGGCAGUUUGUCAGGGACUGGUCGGAUGAAGGUGAACAUGAACGUAAUCAAUGUUUCACUCCACUUCUGGAUGCACUAAAGCGUAAAUUACCAAUUAAAGAUCCUAAAAAUCCACCAUUAAUUCUUUGCCCUGGUUGUGGACUUGGUCGACUUCCAUUUGAGGUUUUGAAACUUGGUUACUCAAGCCAAGGAAAUGAAUUUUCAUAUUUCAUGCUCAUUGGGUCAAACUUUAUUAUUAAUCAUUCAAUUAAGCCUAGAACCUUCAAAAUCUUCCCUUAUUGUCUUGAUACCAGUAACAGAAUAUCAAACGAUGACCAUUUGAAGGAAAUUUAUAUUCCAGACGUUUCACCUUCAAGUUUUAAUUUUGAGUCACAUAAUUUCUCCAUUUGUGCCGGUGAGUUUACAGAGGCCUACGACGACUUUUAUGAAUAUUUCGACGGGAUUCUAACCUGCUUCUUUUUGGACACAGCCAAGAACAUCAUUUCUUACAUUCGUACAAUUGCCAAGAUUAUAAAAAAGGGAGGAUUAUGGGCAAACAUUGGGCCUCUGCUGUACCAUUACGCUGAUUUAACUCAUAAUUCCAUCGAGUUAGCCUGGAACGAAAUUGAGAAAAUUAUCUCAAACUGGUUUACCAUUGAGAUAGUUGAAAUAAAGGAUGCCAACUAUACAUCUAACUCCCUGAGUAUGAUGAAAACGCAGUACAAGUGUAUAUAUUUUGAAGCAGUUAGAAACGAUGUCGACGUUUACGGGAAGUCAAAUGCAUUUUAAACAUCGCACGUGGUUUUAAACAAAAACUAUAAAUUUGAAGUAUGAUAACCUGAAAUAAAUUAUUAUAUCGAUU